UUCAGGAAAACAAGAGGGCCGGAGGAUGUUGGCUUUUUAUUAUCCAGUCAGAAGACCGUGUGCGCGUGGAGGGCGGGCGUUUCUUAAAUAGCCGGCGACGACGGGAUGGGUGGGAGGUAUAACACGUCCUUUCUCUUGUAGGUUACGGUGAGGCACGAACAGCGGAGCAACGGUGACAACAGCAAACUGUUGCUGAUUCCUAGCCGUUGUGACAGUUGCGAGCGUCUUUCCGCCCUCUACUCGCGCUGUUAAUGCGCGUGAGCUUUCGCGCGCGUCGCCAGACGGUUGCCUGGCCGGUUCGACCGGAGCCCUAUCGACGUCCUUCGUGGUGGCGGCCUGGCAUAUCCGCGAACCUAACGCGCUUCCUCAACUCCAGUAAGGAACCAUGCGGCUAUGUGGGGUGCUUCUAAAAAGCCCCAUUCCCAAACAAAUCGAAUACUACUCUCGCUUUUCCCCGUCGCCGCUUUCUAUUAAGCAGUUCCUGGAUUUCGGGCGUGAUAAUGCAUGUGAGAAAACAUCAUACAUGUUCCUGAGAAAAGAGCUUCCUGUGCGACUUGCUAAUACAAUGAGAGAAGUAAAUUUGUUGCCUGACAACUUGUUGAAUAGGCCUUCUGUUAAACUAGUACAAAGUUGGUAUAUGCAGAGCUUUCUUGAGCUUUUAGAGUAUGAAAAUAAAAGUCCUGAAGAUCCACAUGUUUUAGAUAACUUUUUAGAUAUUUUAAUUAAAGUCAGGAAUCGACACAAUGAUGUUGUUCCUACCAUGGCCCAAGGAGUUAUUGAAUACAAAGAAAAGUAUGGAUUUGAUCCUUUUGUGAGCAGUAAUAUUCAAUAUUUUUUAGAUAGAUUCUAUACCAAUCGCAUCUCAUUUCGCAUGCUUAUUAAUCAGCACAGGAAUAGCAUGAUCGCACUGCUUUUUGGUGGAGUCACCAAUCCUGCUCAUCCAAAACAUAUUGGGAGCAUUGAUCCUACUUGUAAUGUGGCUGAUGUAGUAGAAGAUGCCUUUGCAACUGCCAAGAUGUUGUGUGAGCAGUAUUAUCAAGUAGCACCUGAUUUGGAAAUUGAAGAAUUCAAUGCUAAAGCACCAGGCAGGCCCAUUCAGGUUGUCUAUGUACCCUCGCAUUUGUUUCAUAUGCUUUUCGAAUUAUUUAAGAAUUCAAUGCGAGCUACAGUGGAGCUACAUGAAAGUAAAUGUAAAAACUAUCCAUCAAUUAAAACAUUAGUCACUUUGGGAAAAGAAGACCUAUCAAUAAAGAUAAGUGAUAAAGGUGGUGGUGUACCUCUGAGAAAAAUAGAUCGCCUUUUUAAUUAUAUGUAUUCAACUGCUCCCAGGCCUAAUUUGGAGCCAUCAAGAGCUGUACCUUUGGCUGGAUAUGGGUAUGGUCUGCCAAUUUCUCGUCUUUAUGCUCGAUAUUUUCAAGGUGACCUCAAAUUAUAUUCUAUGGAAGGAGUUGGUACAGAUGCAGUAAUCUAUUUGAAGGCACUAUCAAGUGAAUCAUUUGAAAGACUACCAGUUUUUAAUAAGUCAGCUUGGCGACAUUACAAAACCACUCCAGAAGCGGAUGAUUGGAGUAACCCUAGCAGUGAACCCAGGGAUGCUUCCAAGUAUAAAGCUAACAGAUAAUUCAUCAACAUUUUCAUCUUGAUACACACUUGCAUUCAACAAUGCUUUGUUUCAGUUUCCAAACUCCUCUAAAUAUAGAUUUCUUUAGAAAGAUCUGUUCAGGAAUUUGAAAUAGCAAGAACAGAGGACUUUGAAGGACUGGCAUUAUGCAUUUUUGGUGUGAGUUAUUGUAAUUACUUUGCCAAAACAUGCUUGAUUACUAAGUCAUAAAUUACAGAGAGAGUUGCACUAUGACUGCAGUUAGAUUAUAAAAUUGUAUAGUAAAAAGGUACUAUUUUUUAAGAUCACUUUCUAGUCCUAUGUAAUAAUUGAAAAAAAUGUUUUGACUUGUUAUUUGACAGUAAUGUCUUGCACAGCAUUAUAAUGGAACAAAAUUCUUGUGUACUUGAAUGUGUGCAUAGAAAACUCAUUGCUGCAUUUUUAUAUGGCACUAUAUAAUCUGUUAUCUAAAAAAAUGCUCAUCAUUAUGGAGGUUUGUCAGAUCUUAUAUCAGUAUAUAAUUGUUGAAGUUAUCCAAAAAGUCCUUAGGGUUUUAAAUGUUUUAUUUCUAAUUCCCAGUUUGAAAAGGCAGUUUAUUUAAUGCUGAUUUCAUUUUCGUGGAAAAUAGUAAGAUUUUCAUUUUGUAGGCAUGAUCUUGAUAAAGUUUUCCUUUUUUGGUUAAUAACUUCAACACUGUAAAUGCAUAAAUUGCCUCUUCUACCAGGCCAAAUCUAUUGAUAAAUAAGACAAUUAUGUUUUAUAAUUGAAGUAUUUUAUAUUGAUCAUAAAGAAAAGAGUAAUUUCAAAUGUUGGCUUCAUAACAUCAAAUAUUUAAUUUACAAUAUUAAUGUUAAUAUUUUAGUCAUUUGAGACCCAUUUAUAUUAAAAUGAAAAUAAUUAGCAAAAGUAUCAUAAAAGGAAUGUCAAAUAUUGUUAAAUUAAAUAUUGAACAGCACCCUGACAUAAAUGUCUAAAAAAUGUUUAAGAAUUUUUUUUAAUGGAAACAAAGAAUAAAGGUAAAACAGAGGACACGUUUGAAUGAUACUGCUUCUGAUAUUAUGACUAGAAAUAGAAUUUAAUUUUUGAAGAAAUCAAGUAGGAAUUCUUGUAAUAUUUUUUUGAUAUACAUAUUUGUGUCUCUAAUUAUAUACAAGCAUUUAAUCAUGCUUAUUAAUUUUAUGCUAUUUCCUUCUUUCUGAGGAAAUAGCAUCCUUUGUACUCUGAAAAAUAUCCCUAUUAGCUCUAUGUAUAUUUCCAGUAGCUUACAAUUUAAUUAAAAGGAAAAUAAGGUAUAGAGUGAUCAACAGAAUAUUAUCAUAUAUCAACUUUUAGAACUCCUAAUCUUGUGUGUAGAACUAUUAAUCUUACUGGGUUAAAGUGUCUUGGCACCUGAAAAACAGAUGUAGUAAAUUCUUUGUUUUUCAUAUGGAAAGAACAAGAAUGAAAAAAUGGUUUAGUACUAUAAGAUACAUUCAAAUCUCUUCCAGAAGAUUUGGAAUGGAUACUAUUUGAUUGAGUGCCAGUUUGGUGUAGUAGUUAAAGCAUCAGGCCAGAAACUGGGAGAUUGCAAAUUCUAGUCCCACUUUAGACACAAAGCCAACUGGGUGAUCUUGGGCCAGUCACAGUUUCUUGGCACUAGGAAGAAGGCAGUGGUAAACCACUUCCAAAAAUCUUGCCAAGAAAACUGUAAGGAUUAUUCACACAGUUUCCAAGACUUAACAUUAACUUAAAGACAUCCCUGCCUCCCAAACUACAGUACUGGAUUAAAACGUAUAUUUCUGUUUUAGAUAUGACUGUGCCAUUUUAAUGUGGAAUUAUUUUUAAAGAUAUAGUAUUGCCUUCUGGAAUUCCUUUUUUAUUCCUCAGACUAGCCUGCACUCUUGGGAUUUCCUGAAAUAUUUUCCCAUCCAGUUACUAAUUGGCUAUGACCCUAUCGAGCUUUUCAGGGUCAGCUGAGAUUAGCUAAAACCGCUCAACUAACUGUUAGGUGUUGGCCACUAGGUAGAAAAUAAGGCCUGGAUGCAAAUUAUAUGUAGGUGAUUCAGUAUUCCUCCCUUCUGUAGUUUCAGUUACACUGUUGUGCUCUUAUUGUAUAAAUUGUGGUCUAAAAUAUGGGCAACUUCAUGCUAAAGUCUCAUCAUUCUGGUUUUAUACACAGAAAUGUGAUUUAAGUGUAAAUGCAGCAUUUUAAUGUUUGGAAGAAUUGUAGUGAUAUUAUCUGUAGAAGUAACUUGAAGCCAAAUUAGAAAUUAAAUUCAGCUCUAUGUCUCUAUUAUUAUAUAUGAAAAGUAGUAUUGGAGUAAAAUAGCAUUAGGAAGAAAAGCUUCAUAAAACUUAUUCUAGACUUAUUCUCUACUAAAAUGGCUCUCGAAUGCUUUUUUUAUCUAUAUGAUUCUCCACUGAGAUGCUUGGUUUUAACAAACAGGAUAAGGAUUCAACUGCUGCUUCUUUUUUUUAUUUCCAAAGAUUUUCAAGGAUUCUGUGGGAUUUUUUAAAUAAAUAAAUUACAGUGAAAUGUCAGUUUAACAGAUCAGUUGAGAGGGAAUGCCAAUUAAUUUUGCAUAUCCAUCAAAAUGCAAAUUAAAUAAUUUGUGGUGAUCUGAAUCAUUUGUGCAAAUGGCAAAUUGAGGCAAAUGACAUGAUUUGCAUCUUUGAGUAAGGAUAUCAUUACAGAAAUGAUACAAACUGAAUGUAAAUUUAACUAAUUUUUAACUGUCUAGAGUAUUUUGUAUGUAAUUGAUGUUAUUUUGGGGGAAGUGGAGGUGAAAGGUAUAAAUUUAGUCAAUUAUAUUCAAAGUCCACUAAAUCAAGGUUAAAUUGAAUUCCAUCGAGAAAGAGAGAAAUUUUGAAUUCUCAAAGACAUCUUGGUUCUAUCUGAUUUUACUAAAGGGAGGCAAGUGUAGUGUAGAAUAUGUGAUUUCUCUGCAAUGCACUUUCUCAAAACUUUGUCUCGUUUCUUUCUGAGAAAUGUUCUGGUAGAUGUAGAUGCUCUACAGUAAUGUAUCGGAAUUCAGGCAUUUAUUUUUUAAAACAUCUAGAAUACAUUAGUGUCUCAGCAAGGGUAGAUUGGGGAGAGAGUGGGGGGCAAAAAUAUGUCCAAUGCAAUCAGUACUUUGUGAUACAGAAUAGAAAUCACCAAAAAUGUAAAGUGCUUGCUAAUGGAUAAACUGUUUUCAAUUAAAAAGCAUUUUGCAGUUUUUUUCUCUUCCUUUUUUUAAGUAUCAAAAAAAGUAAAAAAAAAUUGAGGGGAAAACAUAAAAUGGAACAUUAAAAAUUUCAGUUGCUUUAAAACAGGUGUCAAACUCGUCACAUCAUCACAUGACAUUGCAACUUUUUCCCUCUUUGCUAAACCGGGGGUGGGCAUGGCCAGCACGUGUUGCAUUCAGCCCGCUGGCUAGACACCCCUGCUUUAAAACGUAUAUUUGUGUUGAAGGAUUGUACAGUAAAAGUCUCAUUUGGGAAAAACCAGAGGUGGCAGUGGUUUUAGUAUUAACAUUAGGAAGAAAAUGACUUAAUUCAUGUAAGCACACUAAGCAAAACCAACCAAACCAUCCUUUAGUGUAGCACAAUGUGUGGAAGCCACUAAGUUGUUUUAUUUCUUUCAUACAGGUAGCAAUAACGGCAGUGCCAGUUCUUGGCUGAUGCAAAGGGAAAGUUUCAGCUUUCUUGGAAUCCUGCUGCUGUAAGAACAUCAUGUCUCCACCCUUAUAGUGUGCUGUACUCCCUUCUCUCAAAAUAAUUUGAAAACCUAGGAUUUAACAGCAUCUUAAAAUUCUUUGCAUCUUGGCUCUCUCCUCUGAAAUUGAAAUUGUCCUCAAUCAAGUGUACUUUACUCAUUCCACAGAAAUUAGUCUGUUUUUAAAUUCAUUAAUCCUAUUAACCUAAAUGGAAGUUAUAUGUCACUGUUAAGUAGUAGUAUUUUUAUUUUGUUAGAACAGAGCUUUAUUUGGUUAGAAAGCCUUUUCCUUUCCUAAGAGAAGGAAAAACUGGUUAAUGCACAUUUAUUGAAUAUAAUCAAAUAUUAGCUCAUUGGUAUAAUAUGAGAGAGGAAAUAGCUCCUUUUAUAUGCUUUUUAAAUUAUUUUUAAUAAUGAAAUAAAAAUAAGAAUAAUGCCAGCAGGAAGAAAUGGCAAUGAUUAUAAAUGAAGAAAACAAAAAACACCAAAAUAUAUUGUGAUGAUUAAAAUAAAAAUAAAAAAGAGGAAAAACUUAACAAAAAUGUAAGCAGAUUCAUAUAAUAUCCACAGGUAUUGGUACAAAAUUUAUCCAGUCCAUAUAUUAAAUAUGUCAGAUGAAAGUAUAUUUCAUCUUAUUUUCAGAAUACAUAAACGUCUAAAAAGGACAGGAAAUCAUAUCCUGAACCCAAUCCUUAAAAACAGAUGGAUAUGUUUAUUUGCAUUUAGAUAAAAAUAUUCUCUUAGCCUUGCCCAGGCUUGAUAAAGCCAAAACAGAUUCCAUGUUUUACAAUUAUAUUUCAACAUCAUAUUAAGCAUUUAGGGGGGUUUCUCAGAAUUUAUUGACAUAUGUAGUAAUUUGAAAACAAUUCGAUGUAGCUGAACCAGAUCAUAUGAAUUAAGGCAUCUUCAAAUCUUUUAUAGCAUUAGCAUAAAAAAAUCUAAUACCUAACCCUUUUAAAACAGUUAAGAAUGGUACAAAAGCUUGACUUACUUUCUGGUGAAUUAAUUUUGUUUUUAAAUCAUAGGAAGUAUAGUUUAUAUUUCUUAACAUCAGAAUCCACUGAUCCUUCAAAAUUUGAGUAUUCCAGUUCUUCAUUCCAUAAUUUAGAUAAAAAACUGAUACAAAUUUAUUUUUUGUUUUUUAUUUCAAUUGGAUUAAUGGUUUCCAUUAGAAUGCUGCUUCUAUUGAGGAUCCUAAAAUUUCAGGCAACUCUGCUAAUGUAUUUGAGCCAUUUUGCUUAAUAGAUCUCUCAGCUGAAUCUAUUGAUAUGUGAAUGUUGUAGGAAAGUUAUGUUCAAAAUGCAGUCUCGCAAAAGUUUUUGAAACAACCUUUAGAAGUCAACAAGUUCAAAGUACAGGUAGUCCUCAAUGUAAUGGAGCCUGCAAAUUACGUUCGUAACCCGAAGAUUUGUAGGAAUGAAUCAACUAACUUAAACAGUACUGUGUAACAUGUUCUAGAAUUCUAGAGUUGCCGUAUAUAAAGUUAUUUCACUGUAAAUGUUGUAUAUGUCCCUUCUUCCCUUCAUACUGUGCAAUAAAAAUACUAAAAUGAU